AUGUCCGUCAGACCACCUACCUUCCGAGUAUUCUGGUCCUAUUGCAACAGCCCUUCAUUACGGUCUGGACUUCAGAUUCAAUCCCCCUCAUCAUGGAGGUCUUUCUCAUCGAGCAUCGCUCGAGCAACUAAAAAUCCUCAAUCCAAACCCGCUUCGCCCGCACACUUGAGGCCGAAGCCCGGAGCCAUUGGAGCCGUUGGACGAUUAGCGCUGAAGGUGGCACGGCAAGGAGAAAUUUUGCUCUUCAAGGGCCCUUCGCAUAGGGCGUAUAUUAUUAGCGCGUACGGUAUUUCGGGCUUCUGCUUCGCCUAUGCAGUCUACAACUCUAAUGAAGUGUUCAACGACCCAAUCGCUCCACGCCCGAUAUGGCAAAAAACCCUAUUCGGUGGUAUCUGCGUGGUUAUGAGUCUCAUGGGCACUCUGUUCCUGUCACGGACGACGAAUUUGAUUCGUAGUAUGUCGGCUGUCAAGUCUCAAGGCCAGCUCAACAUCCGUUUCAAGGUUCGUCGUGCGAUCCCAUUCAUGAAGCCCUUGCAAUUUGAUGUGCCGCCUACGAGUAUAACUUUCACUCGCCGGCUGGCUGUCUCGAAGGAAGGGGCGAAGAAGUUUGAUCUUGAGGCUAGGAGGACUGGUUCGACCGAGAAAACUGCGACCAGUUUCCUGAAGGCUCCUGUCAAGGCGCUGAGCUAUGGUCUUUGGAGAUCUUUCCUCUCAUCGCGCCAGCUCUUCACCGGCGAGGAUUUUAUUCUUCUGCAUAUUGCCGGUCACAAAAACUCUUUUCGCAUGGACGCUAAUGGCUUUGUUUCUGAUGAUUUCUGGGCCUUAGGGAGCCCUGUACAAUUCAAGCGCAAGGUUUGA